UGAUUUCCCAGGGAGGGCGGACUCGGGGCUUUCCCUGUCGCACCCUCCAUCGGGGGACCGUCCCCAAGUCCCCGAGAGUCCCUCGGGCAGGAUCCUUAGGGCUCAGAGCAAAAGAGGACCUGGCUUGCCUGGCGGAGGCGAGCAGCCGAGGGGUCGGUGGAGCUGCGCCCCAAAUGAGUUCCUGGCGCGCGGUUCUCCCCACCCGGACCCUUUGUCCGCCUCCUUCUCCCUCGUCCCGGCCCUAGGCUCAGGGUACCCAGGCGGCAGCGGCGGAGGUGGCAGAGGGCAGAGCCCAGAGGCGCAGCCCUGACAGCUGGGAGGGUCUCACGUGGAGCCGUCUCCGGGAUCCGCGCAGUGACGGCGGUGGUGGUGGGGGGGUAGGCUGCGGGCGCGCGGGAUGGGGGCUGGGGCGCAGCCCGAGAAGUGGGAGGGGAUCGGGUGAGGGGUGGUCUCUGAGGAGGAGCCAGGCUGGACCGUAUUGUUCCGCGCUCGGCCGGGGAGGGCGCGGGGCGUUCGGCUUCCCAUGUUCCUCUCCCCGCCCCCGCCCCGUGGGCGCGAGAGGAGGCUGGGGGCUCCUUGUGCACCCGAGACGCCGCUGCCUGGCUCGCCGGGUGGGGUGUGGGUCCUCCGAGCGGUGCCGGGAAGGAGGUGCUCUCUGCCCGCGCUCCCAGGACUGCUCUACCCAGGGCGGGGGUCCGGAGUGGGCCGACCCCCGCAGCGCCCUGGGUUUGCGGGCCCAGAGGCUGGAGGCAGCGAGGAACUAGGGUCCUUCACCCUCGUCGCAUGCCUCCCCAGGAGUCGGCGUCCCAGUUCCCCGCGAUGGCCGCGGGCCGCUGCCGUACAGAGCCGUUGCGCGGACCCCGGGGCGCCCCUUCCUAGCCGGGCGCAGCUCUUUCUUGUCCGCCGCCGGGCCAGCGGGAUGGGGGGCGGAGGGUCGGUCCUGAAAGUCUGCGCCGACCACCGCGGGGGCAUCAACUGGCUGAGCCUGAGCCCCGACGGGCAGCGCCUGCUGACGGGCAGCGAGGACGGCACGGCCCGGCUCUGGAGCACCGCCGACGGCCAGUGCUGCGCGCUCCUGCAAGGACACGAAAGCUACGUGACCUUCUGCCAGCUGGAGGAUGAGGCUGCCUUCACAUGCAGCGCCGACUGCACCAUCAGGAGGUGGGACGUGCUCACCGGGCAGUGUCUGCAGGUGUACCGAGGACACACGUCCAUUGUGAACAGGAUCCUGGUUGCCAACAACCAGCUCUUCAGCAGCUCCUACGACCGGACAGCUCGGGUCUGGAGCGUGGACAAGGGACAGAUGACCCGAGAGUUCCGGGGCCACCGAAACUGUGUGCUGCCUCUAGCCUACUCUGCCCCGUGGGACCUCCCCAGCGCUCCCUGCGUGGAGGAGGCCGUGGCCGGGGGGCUCCUGGUGACCGGCAGCACGGACGGCACGGCCAAGGUGUGGCAGGUGGCCAGCGGCUGCUGCCACCAGACACUGCGGGGCCACACGGGCGCAGUGCUGUGCCUGGUGCUGGACACACCCGGCCACACGGCCUUCACGGGUAGCACCGAUGCCACCAUCCGUGCCUGGGACAUCCUGAGCGGGGAGCAGCUGCGGGUGUUCCGGGAGCACCAGGGCUCCGUCAUCUGUCUGGAGCUGGUGAACCGACUCGUGUACUCUGGCAGCGCGGACAGGACCGUCAAGUGCUGGCUGGCAGACACGGGGGAGUGUGUGCGCACAUUCACGGCCCACAGACGCAACGUGAGCGCCCUCAAGUACCACGCGGGCACCUUGUUCACGGGCAGCGGGGACGCUUGCGCCCGGGCCUUCGACGCGCAGUCUGGAGAGCUGCGGAGGGUGUUCCGAGGCCACACAUUCAUCAUCAACUGCAUCCAGGUGCACGGCCAGGUGCUCUACACCGCCUCGCACGACGGCGCCCUGCGCCUCUGGGACGUGCGCGGGCUCCGAGGUGCCCCGCGGCCCCCUCCGCCCACGCGCAGCCUCUCACGCCUCUUCAGCAACAAGGUGCCAGGAGAGAAGCUGCAGGUGACAGUGUCUGCCGUGAAGAGCUCAUCAUCUCGCUGCAGAGAGAAGCAUCUGCUGCAGGAGCAGCCCCUUCAAGUGGAGCAGCCCUUUCAGUAUCAUCCAUUUAAGAAGAAUGACAAGAAGUUUCCCAUCAGUCCAAACUGGACCACCCACGCUUUAUGAAAAGGUUAGAGCAUUUCAGCCGGUCCCACAUGACCCAUCCGUCUUCAGUCAGUGCCUUCUGGAAGGGAGGAAAAGUCUUGGAUCACCUGGAGCUCAAUCCACUCGGCAUGUGGCUGCUGCUGCAGUCCUGGUGCUGGAAGGAGCCCCCACUGGGUGCACAUCUACAGAGGAGUACGUGGCGCAGUGAGGACGGUUACUGCUGGAGCCGACACACAGCGAACUACAUACUUUUAGAAAGAGCCUCUGUCACAUGGAUAGAACAACAAAACCCCCACAAAAACCUGGAGAAAAUAUAUCUAAGCCUCUGAUAGAUCUCUUAGCUAGCAGUGAGUUCAGUAUGACAGCACAGCGUCUACAAAUAUUAAUUAAAAAUAAAUUGCUUUGGUUAGCAUUUAAACCUUUCCCAUUCAGUAAAAGAUUUCUGUAAUGAGGAAUGCUGAACAUAUAUAAAGUCUGACACUCAAUCUUGAAUUUCCAGGGCGUGUUUUACUGAACUAAGAGCAUCAAACACUGGCGCCCCAGGCUGAAGGCAUCUGCUGCGACCUGGUGUGGCCCCCAAGGCCAGCGCCUCAUCACUAUGCCCCACAGCACUUGGAAGGAAGACUUAAAGGAUUAUUUGAGGGGCAGGGGAAGGGUGGCACAGGAACCCAUGGGGCACCCUGGCAGAGAUGGCAGCGUGGGAAGCAGGAAGGCCAUGGGCAGUGGGUACAUGAGGCAGGCAAGCCAGGCAGAUGGAGCCAUAGCUGGAGAGGAAGUGGUUGGGAUGCCCUUCCCAGGACCCUGCCCCGGACACCUUCCCCAGGAUCCCUGUUCUGCAGGACCUCUGUUCCUUCCCAUUUCAGGGUAGAACACCAAGCUAGGGAAGGGGUUAGGGAGGCAGACCCGGGAGGCAGAUGGAACGACCUGCACCAGGCCAGAGGAAGCUUAUUCCCCGAGACCACGCAUGAAGGCCCUGGGACCCCUCCUGGCCUUGUCCCCUGCCCGCCCCCUCC